GAGUUCCUGCAAAUCGGUGUGACUUCUCCCUCUUGGCGCCAGUGACGCCAGAAGUGACUUAGCUCUUUUGGUGCUGACCUGGUGGGCGGCUCCAUCGACCCAGGCAGCCCAACACAGUGGUGCAUUCUCUGAUGUCCUCUCCACAGAGCAUCAGGACAUCCCAGUGGUCACUCCUGGGAAGAGGACAAGGAGACAUUUCCUCCAAGCAUCCCAGAACAUCUGAGGACUGACCCACCUGGUGAGGGGACAAGUGCUCCCAGCAGGACACGGAAGAGCUUGGAAUACUUAGACUUCAACUUGAGCAGCGGGCCGGUCAUUUUCACCUGCUUCCCAGACUGCCAGGGUCAGCUCUGUCCAUGGCAUUCGAGGACCUCUUGGCUCAGGCUGGCGGCGCGGGUCUCUCUCAUGUCCUGCAGGUCAUUACCAUGCUCCUCCCUGCCAUCCUGAUACCUCUGCACAUGCUGCUGGAAAAUUUCUCAGCUGCCAUCCCGGACCACCGCUGCUGGGCCCACAUCCUGGACAAUAGCUCUGAGGUCCCUGCCAACCUGAUCCACGAGGCCCUCCUGACCGUCUCCAUCCCAACUGGCCCCAACCAGCAGUUACACCAGUGCCGCCGCUUCCACCAACCCCAGUGGCAGCUCCUGGACGCCAACACCACCGCCACCAACUGGAGCGACGCCAGCACAGAGCCGUGCAUGGAUGGCUGGGUCUAUGACAAUCGCACCUUCACGUCCACAGUGGUGACCACGUGGGAUCUGGUGUGUGACUCCCAGGGCCUGAAACCCAUGGGCCAAUCCAUCUUCAUGGCAGGGAUCCUAGCAGGAGCCUUCAUCUGGGGCGUCCUCUCCCACCGGUUUGGACGGAAAUCAAUGCUGUGCUGGUGCUGUCUCCAGGUGGGCAUGGCUGGCACCAGUGCCAUCUUUGCUCCACAUUUCCUCAUCUACUGUGGCCUCCGGUUCCUGAGCGCUUUUGGGAUCGCCGGCAUCAUCUUAGCCCAGACAGUGCUGCUGAUGGAGUGGACUACCACCUGCAAGAGGACUGUUACCAUGACAAUACUGGGAUGUACCUACAGCUUGGGCCAGAUGGUCCUGGCUGGACUGGCCUUCGUCCUGCGGGACUGGCGAGACCUCCAGCUGGCUGCGUCGGUGCCCUUCUUGGCCAUCUUCUUGCUUUCCUGGUGGCUGCCAGAAUCUGCCCGGUGGCUGAUUGCCACAGGCCAGCCAGCCAGAGCACUUCAGGAACUCCACAAGGUGGCCAGGAUAAAUGGCUGCAAGGAAGCUAAGAAGACACUGACACUAGAGGUGCUGAUGUCCAGCAUGGGGGAGGAGGCGGGCUCCUCCAGGGAGCAGGCGGCAGUGCUGGACCUGUUCUGUGUGCCCUUGCUCUGCCCAAGGACCUGUACCAUGAUGACGGUGAGCUUCUCCCUGAUGCUGUCCUACUACGGCCUGGUCCUGGACCUGCAGAGCCUGGGCGGGGACAUCUUCCUCCUGCAGACCCUCUUCGGAGCCGUAGACUUCCUAGGCCGGGCCACCACCAUCCUCUUACUCAGGUUCCUGGGCCGCCGAGUGACCCUGGCGGGCUCUCAAGCCCUAGCUGGGCUCUGCAUCCUAGCCAAUGUACUGGUUCCACAAGACCUUCAGACCCUGCGCGUGGCGCUGGCCGUGAUGGGGAAGGGCUGCUUUGGGGUCAGCCUGACCUGCUUCAGCAUGUACCGGACGGAGCUCUUCCCCACUCCACUGAGGAUGACAGCUGAUGGCUUCCUGCAGUCAGUAGGCCGUCUGGGGGCUAUGAUGGGCCCCCUGCUCAGAACUGCCUGCCAGGCCCUGCCCCUGCUGCCACCGCUCACCUAUGGUGCUCUCCCUAUCGCCUCCAGUCUGCUUCUCCUGCUCGUCCUCCCAGAGACCCAAGGACUUCCACUCCCUGACACUAUCCAGGACCUGGCGAGAAGACCAGCCACAGCCAGAAGCCACCAGCGAGAGAUAGUCCUUAUGGAAAGCACCUGGCUCUAGAGGUUCUUCUUUUACGUCAGGACCCCCUGGGGAAGGAGGUACUGCUUCUCCCACGGAGGAAGGAAAUGCACGGGCAGCCUCGAGGGCCUGGCCAGGCGGGGCGGGGCAGCAUGGCCGGUAGCACGGCUGGAGGCAGAGCUCUGCUCACUGCUGUUCUCUUCUCCCUGGUCACGUUCUCCAUCCUGGCCCUUGGGGAACCUAUGUCAGAACCAGCUGCCCUUGCUCCACCUCAUGAACGAGAUGGGUCCUUUCCAUUUCCACACCUUCACUCAACUACUCUGGCUGGAGAUCAGGGUUCCAAGCUCGUCCCAACCACAUACAGAGCCCACCAUCCAGGGUGGGUAUGGGGCCAGGUGAUUUCAGCACAGGCCAGACGUUCAAAACCUAGAGACUGCUAACAGCUGCCAUGCACAGGAGUGCAGGUUGGGCACUGCCCUGAGCACCCAAUGGAAUUGGCAUGUGGCAUCUGAGAUCCAGCCCCGGAUGCCCUGGCCCAGACACCUGCCAUACAGAGGCUGUGCCCACCCUGAGAAAUGGACACUGUUAAUCACCUGUGGCUUGCCCAUUAGUGGAGGAGGAAGCCCUGUGGUGACAAGGAGGCUAAGCACAGAACCCAAACGCUGGACCAAUGACGUUGUUCAUUAGUCAGUCAUCUUCACAGGAUGGGGAGGGCAACACUGUCACCAUCCAGGACCACUUGGGGCCUUCAUCCAGAGACUGAAGCCCACUGGGGUAGGGACAGCAGGAGCUGCACUGGGCCUCUUCAGUACAGAGGGCACACCUCUGUCACAGGCAGUGCUCACUGGGUCAGUCCGUUUUAUCUCCUUAGCUCCCAAACCCAUCUUCUUCCCCUUCACUCUGAGGUUGCCUAGGUCUACGCCACCAGCAUACCUGGUUCCUGAACUGGUCCCUGGCACCCAUCCUGUCUCCACACAAAAGCCUUAGUGCUUAUUGAGUAACACCAUUCAAGCUGGGUGUGGUGGCUCAUGCCUGGAAUCCUAGCACUUGGAUUGCUGAGAGUUCAAGGCCAGCCUGGCUUACUGGCCUACACAGUGAGUUGCAGACCAGCCUGCUAAAGUCAAACCUUGGCAAGAGAGAAAGGGGAUUGGGAGGGAUAGCUCAGUGGGGAAAGUAAUUGUCUUGUAAGGAUGAGGACCUGUGUUCAAUCCCCAGAACCCACAUAGAAAUUUUGGAUGUGGCAGUCCUAUUUUAUACUCCCAAUAAUGUCAGAGACAAGUGGAUCUCUGGGGCUCACUGGCCAGCCAGUCUAGUAUAAUUGGUGAGCUGUCUUAAAAAAAUAAGUAAUUAAAAAUAAAAACAAUAAACAGUAUCUAAGGAAUGA